GCUGUGGAGUGUGAGGCAGAGAAACCCAGAUUGAAAGAGGGGGCAGAGGCGACCCAGACAGGAAAAUAGAGAUCUUGGUCCCAAUGUCUGACCAUGGAGAUGUGAGUCUCCCACCUGAAGAACGGGUGAGGGCUCUCUCCCUGCUGGGCAGCUCUGUGGAGGUAAAUGAAGACAUUCCACCCCGCCGGUACUUCCGCUCUGGAGUGGAGAUGAUCCGUAUGGCAUCCAUUUAUUCUGAGGAAGGCAACAUUGAACAUGCUUUCAUCCUGUAUAACAAGUAUAUCACGCUCUUUAUUGAGAAACUGCCAAAGCAUCGAGACUAUAAAUCUGCUGUCAUUCCUGAAAAGAAAGAUACAGUAAAGAAAUUAAAGGAGAUUGCUUUUCCCAAAGCAGAAGAACUAAAGGCAGAACUAUUAAAACGAUAUUCCAAAGAAUAUACAGAUUAUAAUGAAGAAAAGAAAAAGGAAGCAGAAAAAUUUGCCCGGAACCUGGCCAUCCAGCGGGAGCUGGAGAAAGAAAGGCAGAGGGUUGCACAGCAGAAGCAACAACAGUUGGAGCAAGAGCAGUUCCAUGCCUUUGAGGAGAUGAUUCGGAACCAGGAGCUAGAAAAGGAACGGCUGAAAAUUGUACAGGAGUUUGGGAAGGUGGACCCUGGUCAAGGUGGCCCCUUGGUUCCUGACUUGCCCUCCCCAGAUGUGUUCCCCACAGCUCCAGUCUCAUCUACACAGGGCCUGGAUUACAUUACAACACAUAGGCCCACAAAGCCUCCUGUGGUGGACAGGUCCUUGAAACCCAGUGCUUUGAACAACUCAGAAAGUAUUCCGACCAUCGAUGGACUACGCCACAUGGUGGUGCCAGAGCGUCUCUGCCCCCAGUUUCUCCAGUUAGCCAGUGCUAACACGGCCCGGGGAGUAGAAACAUGUGGAAUUCUCUGUGGAAAACUGAUGAGGAAUGAAUUUACCAUUACCCAUGUUCUCAUCCCCAAGCAAAGCGCUGGAUCUGAUUAUUGUAACACUGAAAAUGAAGAAGAGCUUUUCUUCAUACAGGACCAGCAGGGCCUCAUCACACUGGGCUGGAUUCAUACUCAUCCUACACAGACUGCCUUUCUCUCCAGUGUUGACCUACAUACUCACUGUUCCUACCAGAUGAUGUUGCCAGAGUCAAUAGCCAUCGUUUGCUCUCCCAAGUUUCAGGAAACUGGAUUCUUUAAACUGACUGACCAUGGAUUCAAAGAGAUUUCUUCUUGUCGCCAGAAAGGAUUUCAUCCACACACAAAGGAUCCACCUCUAUUCUGUAAUUGCAGCCACGUGACUGUUGUGGACAGAGCUGUGACCAUCACUGACCUCCGAUGAGAGUUUGGUCCAAGAACUGUUCAUCUAUAUCAAUGUACUGUAGCCCUUAAUUUAAAUGUCUGGAAAGCUCUGGAAGCUAUUUCAAACAUAGGAUGAAAAGUAUUAUCUGGGGGCAAACUGAUCUGUUUCUGAUAUGAAAAGAAAUGAUGUACUAUUUUUUUUUAGGCAAGUCUGGAGGAUAAUACCAUCACACUAUUGUAACACUACAGUCUGCCUAUAAUGAAAACAUUCUGUGGAAAGAAUGCUAGAAAUGAACACUCAUAUAUAUAUAUAUAUAUAU